AUGGAGAGCGAGGAUCGGUGGUGGGAGGGCGGGCGCGCGCACGUGAUGUGCCACGAUCGGGAGUGCACGCGGAGCAAAUGGGCGGGAUACGUGCCGGAUGUUGCGGGGACGGGCGGCGCGGGGAGCGGCGUGGCGAGCGGCGCGUGGGUUCCUGGGAUUGCGUCGGGCGGGCCGACGGAGGUCGCCAUGCUCAACGCGUCCCUGGGUGUCGUGAUAUCCACAGCAGCAGCAGCCGCCACCAGCAGCGGUGGCGUGACGGCCAUGCUCAACGCGUCUCUGGGAGUCGUGACAUCCACAGCAGGCGCCAGCGGCAGUGGCGUGACAGCCAUGCUGAAUGCGUCCCUAGGCGUCGUGACGUCCACAGCAGCCGCCAUCGGCAGUGGCGUGACAGUGACGGUGACUUACAACAUCCUCGUCGUUCCAGUUGACGCCACCACUGCCAGUGCCUCUGCGGGCACUGGCAACACUGGUAACACCGGCAACACUGGUAACACCGGCAACACUGGCAGCACCGGCAGCACUGGUAGCACCGGCAGCACUGGUAGCACCGGCAGCACUGGUAGCAUUGGAAACACCGGCAGCGCUGGUAGCACCGACAGCGGCAGCACCACAAGCAGCACUGGUAGCACCGCCAGUACAGAUAGCAGCGGCAGCGCCGGCAGCACAGGCAGUACUGAUACCGGCAGCACCAGCAGCACCGGCAGCACCGGCAGCAUUGGCAGCACCGAAAGCACUGGAAGCAAUGGGAGCAGCGGGAGUGCAAAUUCCAACACAGCAACGGACACCAGCAGCGGUAAUACUGCGUCGGGUUCAGCCUCGAAUUCUGUUUCUCCUUCCGUCUUUCCGAAUCCAUCCUCAUCCCAGACCGUUUCCAUAGCUGCGGUUUCAGACAGCAGCAGUGCUGCCGGCUCAACAGGCAGCAGAGGCUUGACAAGCACACAGGGACAGCAGCAGCAGCAGCAGCAGUUACUCCAACCCUUUACACCAGCCCGAUGGUUCUUAACCGGUCCUGAUGCCCGCGCUGCCGCCGCUGCUGCCACUGGCGGUGCCAGCGCAGCUUCUGCAUCUGCCAUGUCAGCUUCCAAGCCAUCUGCCACGUCAGCUUCAAAAUCAGCAUCCACGUCAGCAGCAGCGUCAAAGUUCGCGACAGCAGCGACAGGGACAGCAGCAGGGGGGGCAGUGAAUGGCGGUGUGCCGUCUGGCACCCCGCAGUGCCGGGAGGGGCCGUAUGUGAGCGCUGCGCUGGUCCCUCUUGGCAAGUGCCAAGUGAAAGCCACAGCUAGUUCGAAAUUUGUGAGGAUAAACAAGGCGUGGUAUGCCAAGCUGUCAUAUGGGGAACCCGCCGCUUCCAAAUCAUCCUCUGUGGUCUAUGCGGUGGUAAACGCCACGGUGGACAUUCAGGAGGAACCUUCCCCGAACGGCACCGCCACGCAGCCCGUGGUACGCGCUGCUGUCGUCCUCGUUAACGAUGGCCCCCGUACGAACCUCCCGGUUCGGGGCAAACUUCAGGUUCGGGAGGUGGGCCUGCAGGUUCGGCAGGAGGCGCGGGAGGUUCGGGAGGUGGGUCCGCAGGGUCGGCAGGGGGACCCGGUGGUGCUGGCAAUGGCCAUGGCGGACCAAGCUGCAGCCAAGUUCCCCUCCUACACGCCCUACUGCUCUGCUGGGCCUUACGUCACGGCGGUUCUGAUACCAUUGGGCAACUGCCGCGCUGUCCCACGAGGCAACAAUGCCAGGGUCGUCAGGGCCGGCAAUUCUCGUUUCAUCCGCCUGGACCUUGGCCGGCCAGUGCGGGGGUGCCAGCGCUCGUACCGCUUCCAAUUGGUCAACUUCCGGGGGCGUGUGGUGCGCGGCCCUGUCACUCUCCGCGUGUGCCGCGCUGGCAAGCCCGGAGCCGCCACCUGUGGCCCCGUUACAGUCACAUCUGCAGUGCCCAGCUGCUGA